AUGUCACAGCCAACGUACGUUACGCCUUCCUCGCCUCGAGCCAUCACCACCGCCGCCGAUGGUGAGGAUAGCAUCACUGACCAAUACAGGAGCAUUAACGUGAACGAUCCCGGGUUGAUCACACUCGUCAACAAGCUACAAGAUGUGUUUGCGACAGUAGGGUCCACUAACCCCAUCGAUCUGCCCCAAAUCGUCGUCGUCGGAUCUCAGUCCAGUGGAAAGAGUUCAGUGUUGGAGAACAUCGUCGGAAGAGACUUUCUUCCUCGAGGCACGGGUAUCGUCACGAGACGACCACUUGUCCUUCAACUCAUUAACCGUCCCGCGGUACCACAAACAAAUGGCGAAAACGGCGAUAUGAAGACCACAGACGUCGCCUCGAAUGUCGACGAGUGGGGCGAGUUUCUGCACAUUCCGGGCCAAAAGUUCCAUGACUUCAACAAGAUUCGCGAGGAGAUCGUUAGGGAAACCGAGGCGAAGGCGGGCAAGAACGUCGGACUGUCGCCUAAGCCGAUCGGUCUUCGUAUAUACUCUCCUCGCGUGUUGACGUUAACGUUGGUGGAUCUGCCGGGUUUGACGAAAGUGCCCGUCGGGGACCAGCCGGUGGAUAUCGAGCGCCAGAUCAGGGAUAUGGUGAUGAAGCAGAUCCAGAAGACCAACUCGAUCAUCCUGGCCGUGACAGCAGCAAAUACGGAUUUGGCGAACUCGGACGGUCUUAAGCUCGCUCGUGAGGUGGAUCCCGAUGGACAGCGGACGAUCGGAGUUCUCACCAAGAUCGACCUGAUGGACGAGGGCACCGACGUUGUCGAUAUUCUUGCUGGCCGCAUUAUUCCUCUACGGCUCGGUUACGUUCCAGUUGUCAACCGUGGUCAACGCGACAUUGAGAGCAGGAAACAAAUUGCUGCCGCGUUGGAACACGAGAAGGCAUUUUUCGAGAACCACCGAGCUUAUAGGAAUAAGCACGCCUACUGUGGAACACCUUAUCUUGCUCGUAAGCUCAACAUGAUCCUUAUGAUGCACAUUAAGAAUACGCUUCCCGAAAUCAGAACCCGCAUCCAGGGCUCACUCGCGAAGUACCAAACCGAACUGGCGCAGUUGGGCGACUCCCUCUUGGGCAACAGUGCCAACAUUAUCCUCAACAUCAUCACCGAGUUCUGCAAUGAGUACCGCACGGUUCUGGAAGGUAACAACCAGGAGCUCUCUAGCGCGGAGCUAUCGGGCGGUGCUCGUAUCAGCUUCGUUUUCCACGAAUUGUACUCCAACGGUGUGAAGGCUGUGGAUCCUUUCGAAGAUGUUAAGGACACGCAUAUCCGAACCAUCCUGUACAACUCUUCGGGAUCGUCACCUGCUCUGUUCGUCGGUACCACUGCUUUCGAGCUCAUCGUCAAGCAACAGAUCAAGCGACUAGAGGAUCCUAGUCUGAAGUGUGCCAGUCUAGUCUACGACGAGUUGGUUCGGAUAUUGUCGCAGCUCCUCCAGAAGCAGUUCUUCAGACGGUACCCAGGACUGAAGGAGAAGUUCUACCAAGUCGUCAUUCAGUUCUUCAAAAAGGCCAUGACGCCAACCAAUAAGCUGGUGACCGACUUGGUGUCGAUGGAAUCUUGCUACAUUAAUACCGGCCAUCCUGACUUCAUCAACGGCCACAGGGCGAUGGCAAUCGUGAACGAGCGACACAGCUCGGCUAAGCCCGUCCAAGUCGACCCCAAGACCGGCAAGCCGCUGCCUGGCGGUGGACGGGAGUCGCCGAACCCGCAGAGUCUGAUGGCCGGCGACAGCGAGAAAGAAGGCUUCUUCUUCUCCUUCUUUGCCGCCAAGAACAAGAAGAAAAUGGCUGCCAUGGAGCCUCCGCCAGCGAAGCUCAUGGCUUCCGGUACCCUGUCGGAGCGCGAGAACCUCGAGGUCGAGGUCAUCAAACUCUUGAUCCAAUCGUACUACAACAUCGUUAAGCGGACCAUGAUCGACAUGGUGCCCAAGGCCAUCAUGCUGAACCUCGUCCAAUUCUCGAAGGAGGAGAUGCAACGCGAGCUCCUUGAGAACCUUUACAAGUCUGACGAACUCGACACUCUGCUCAAGGAGAGCGACUACACAGUUCGCCGACGGAAGGAGUGCCAGCAGAUGGUCGAGUCGCUCACCAAAGCCCAGGAGAUUGUCAGCAGCGUGGGCUAG